AACCAAAACCAGUUUGUCUACAAUGGCUUCCAUGGAUCCAAUCUUCAUCUCAAUGGAAUAGCCAAAAUCCACCCAAAUGGCCUUUUGGAGUUAACAAACACUUCCUAUCAACAAAUCGGCCGUGCUUUCUUUCCGUUUCCGAUCAAAUUCAAUACGUCGUCGUUUUCAACGACCUUUGUGUUUGCCAUAGUCCCCAAGCUCCCAGAACUCGGUGGCCAUGGCAUUACCUUCACUAUCUCACCAUCAAUUGAGUUCUUCAACAGAGCUGUUGCAAAUCAAUACCUCGGCCUGUUUAAUAUUACAAGCAAUGGUCACCCGACUAACCGCGUUUUGGCGAUUGAAUUGGAUACGAUUAAGAACCCCGAGUUCGGAGAUAUCGAUGAUAACCAUGUCGGGAUUGAUAUCAACAACUUACAGUCCUAUGUAUCAGCUCCGGCAAGUUAUUAUUCGGAGAAGGAAAAGGAAAACAAGACAUUGAGACUCAUAAGUGGAAAGCCAAUUCAGUUGUGGAUUGAUUAUGAUGAAAGGGAUAUGUUACUUAAUGUAACAAUGGCUCCUCUUGGAACUCAAAAACCAUGGUUGCCUCUUUUAUCAACAAACCUUAAUCUUUCCAUGUCGGGAUCUAUGCAUGUUGGUUUCUCUGCAUCAACUGGUUCAGUGGCAAGUGAUCAGUACAUUCUUGGGUGGAGCUUCAACAAAAGUGGGCAAUCACAAAGCUUCGACUAUGCCAAACUUCCGCCUCCGCCUCCGCCACAGCUCCGGAGCCGACCUCGGGUGAAACCCGAUUUUCGGGUUGCGGUCCCAUCGGUGAUCUCGUGUCUUCUGGUUAUAACAUUCAUUGGAACUGCUUACAAGAUGUGGAUAAAGAGAUAUGAAGAAAUAAGAGAAGAUUGGGAACAUGAAUAUGGGCCUCAUAGAUUCUCUUAUAAGGAUCUGUAUAAAGCCACUAAAGGUUUCAAAGAAAGGGAACUAUUAGGAAUUGGUGGGUUUGGGGAGGUUUAUAAAGGUGUAUUGCCAUCUUCCAAUGAACAAGUUGCAAUCAAAAGGGUCUCUCGUAGUUCCAAACAAGGGAUGAAAGAGUUCAUAGCUGAAAUUGCUACUAUGGGGAGGUUGAGGCACAGAAAUUUGGUGCAACUCUUUGGGUAUUGUAGGAGAAAAGGAGAGCUUCUUUUGGUCUAUGAUUUCAUGGCCAAUGGUAGCCUUGACACUUUCUUGUUUACCAAUGAAAAAAUGAACCUUAAUUGGUCUCAAAGAGUUAAAAUCCUUAAAGGAGUGGCUUCAUCACUUGUUUACCUCCAUGAAGAUUGGGAACAAGUUGUGAUUCAUAGAGAUAUAAAAGCUAGCAAUGUUCUAUUAGAUGCACAACUUAAUGGAAGAUUAGGCGAUUUCGGACUAGCGAAGUUUAAUGAUCAUGGAUCCAAUCCUCGAACCACUCGUCUCGUUGGUACAAUUGGAUACAUUGCACCCGAGCUGGCUAGAACUGGGAAACCAACAACCGGGUCAGAUGUGUUUGCUUUUGGUAACUUGAUGUUGGAAAUUGCUUGUGGGAGGAGACCUUUCGAACCUGAAAGAUCACCAGAAGAGGUUAUCUUGUAUGAUUGGGUCCUUGAGUACCGGAAAAUCGGCUUGAUUCUUCAAACAAGUGACCCGAGAUUAGAAGGCAACUAUGUGGUGGAAGAAAUGGAGUUGAUAUUAAACUUGGGUUUGCUUUGUGCAAAUCCCGCACAAGAAAUAAGGCCUAGCAUGAGAAAAGUAAUGCAAUAUUUGGAUGGUAAUGCCUCGUUGUCAAAUAUUUUUUUUGAUGCUGCCACAAAUAGUUUGAUCACAUCUCAUAACCAAAAAUCUCUCAAUGGUACUUCAUUUCAAGCAUCAUGUGAUAAUAUUUCCAUCAUUUCUUUGUCUAGUUCAACCGAAUCUAUUCUCUGCUAUGGUAGGUGAAUCCGACGUUAUUUGAGAUUCAAGUGAGUGUUAAAUAUAGAUGCAUGUCCAAUACAAAUAUAUUUUGUUAUGUGUUCAAUCACAAUAACUAGAUCCAAUAAUAUUCAAGACUAGUACAAGUUUCAAGUAUGGGUAUACUAAUUUCUUUAUGUACAAUAUACCUUCAAUUACAUGAGGUAAAAUUAUAUGUGUGAAUCUUUGAGCCUGAUCAUGUGCAAAUUAUUGUGUGUGUUUUAGUUUAGUAUGUCUAAUUUACUAUAAAAAAUAGAAAAGAGAACUUUCGGUUGAUGUAGUUAAUAGAAAAAAAAAUCUAUAAUAGUAAUUUUAACAAUAAA